AGGCUCCGCCCACUUUUCUCCCUCCACACGCCACGCUGUCCUCGUCGUGUCGCCCUCAUUUUCUGCCACCACCACCACACAACAUCUCUAUAUGUUUGCUCCUUCGACGGUUUAUACCUAUGGACAUCAUGGUUCUGGAACAGACGAGGAUGAUGGUCAACAGGUCAUGCCAGGAAUGGAUAAUGGUGAUGGGCAGUGUAUGGUGUGUGGAGACAGGUCGGCUGGAAAACACUAUGGAGUAAUGGCUUGUUAUGGUUGUAAGGGCUUCUUCCGCCGAACAAUCCGAUCCCAACAGACCUACACCUGCCGAUUCACCCAAAAAUGCGCCAUCGACAAGGAUCAACGCAACGCAUGCCGUUACUGCCGGUUCCAGCGUUGCCUGACAGUUGGCAUGGAGCCAGAAGCCAUUCGACCGGAUCGUGACGUCAUCGGCAAGCAGAAGAAUCCACGGAAGAAGAAGAUGAAGUCCGACACGAAUAGUGGAAGCAUCGAUGCAUCCCUACCCUCACCGAAUGGCUGCGAUUCUCCAGUUUCCAAUAAUGAAGAUGUUAUUUUGUCAUUUUUAUUGGAUGUUGAAGAUCAGGCGACUUGCGGGAAUAAUCAUAUCACAAUGCCUAUUGGAAUAUCAAUGAUGAUGAAGAAUGACCCGGAUUUCGAUGUGUCCACUUUGUUCCAUAGUCAAUAUGUCAGAAAUCAGGAGAGCUUUCCGAUAACCUACGCGGUGGGCCGAACAGCCUCUGUGGAGCAACUGAUUGCCGCCCUACGCCGCUACGUGCUCUCCGCCGUCCACUGGAUCGAUGCUCUUUUCAACUUGGCCCAUCUCACAGAGAUUCAUGAUAAAACCACGCUGCUCAAAUCAGUUAUUGGACCGUUUACGAUUUUUAAUAUCGCCGCACGCACCGCUCAGAUUUCUGAUGGGGAUUUGAUUUGUCUUUGCAAUAAAAGUACGAUCAAUCGGCAACCUGCGAGGCAUUUGUUGGAUACUAACCUUGUCGGAAACAACUUUGUCGGCCGUGUAAUUGAUGAUUUGGUAUUUCCAACUAAGAAACUGGCCCUUACAAAUCCGGAAAUCACAAUUCUAUCAGCUCUGAUCAUUUUGGAUCCAGACGCACGUGGAUUGAGCCAAGAGACGUCCCAAGCUCUGCUGGGAAUCAGGGAUCGAGUUCAGAAUGCACUUUUUAAUCUCAUCCGGGAUAACUCAAACAACAUGACAUCGGUGACCAGCAGAUUUGGAAAUUUGCUUCUACUCUUCCCUCCAUUAGCUAAACUAAGCUCCUUAAUCGGUGAAAAUGUGCAACUCGCAAAAAUGUUCGGGAUCCCAAUUGACUCCCUGCUCGUCGAGCUCUACGUCGACGCAGAUUCUCCGGAGCUGAUCUCCCAAGGAUCCCACGCUCGGGAACGAUCCGACGUCUCCACACAGACAGCGUCCCUAGAGGGCGCCAGCGCCUCCAUGACACCAGACGUUACCUCCUCGGAAUUUGUGAAAAUGGAGCAAAACGAGAGCCCGUCAAGCUCAGAGGAGCCAAUGUGCAUCGGAGCACCUGCCACGUCAUCCGCCAACGCAGUCGCCACGAACCUUGCCGCUGAUCUUUUGGGGCUUCUGCCCAACUUUGACGCGACGGGUCUUGACCUGGCAAGCGCUGCGGCGGCAGCUGCGACAUCCGUCAACUACAGUCAUUUUUAUGGAUUCGGGAACCUCGGCGGCUCACUGGACGACUCAUCCUCAUCGGGGACGGGCUCGGUGGGCAGUUUCGCACCCCACUCGGCACCGCCAAUCUCGAAUAAUGUGAACCCGUUCGCCGUCCAUGGAUUCUUUGACAAUAGUGCUCCGAACACUGGUGUCGUUCAUAAUCAGCCGUUUCGAUUCGUCUAGUCAUCGUUUUUUUUGUUGUUGUGAGAAUUCGAAAAUUCGAAAAUUUCUGUAGAUUUAUUGUAGUGUAAAAACAAACAAACAAACAAACAAACAUUUCUUUGAUAGUACAAUCUCAAAUUGUCAGUGCUGGUGUUUGGUGGUGGGAGGAGCGGUUUGAGGUUGCAGCCGACACCUCACAGGCCAGUACAAUGUCGGAUGCUUCAUUGAAUCAGUGGUCGACACUUUGCGAGCCUGGGAGAUGUCGGUUGCAAGUUUAGGGCUGAAGUAGGGAGGUGUCGGCUGCUGUGAUACAGUGCGACAACUCCCUGCUGCAGUCUAGCAGCCGACACCUGACGGGUCCGGCUGCAACUACAGUAGGAAGGUGUCGCCUCUUGCAUUAAUUCAGCGACCGACACUUCCCUGCUUUAGGCUAGCAGUCGCCGUUUCUGGGGCCCGUGAGGUUGCUCGGUUGCUGAUGCAAUGUAGCAGCCGACACCAGACAGUCCUGUGAGAUGUCGCGUUCUUUAUUGUAUUAGCGGCCGACACCUCGCAAGUCUGCAAAAACCUCCUCCUCUCACCAAAUUCCGGCAUUUUCCUCGUGCAUUCCCACAUUUUUGUCAGUUUCCAGAUUUCUAAAACACUUUUUUUUUCUUUUUUUACUUUUUUCUAGCAUAAUCUUCUUCUUUUUUUUUCUUUGUUAUUUUAUAUGCACUGACCUCAUUCAAACCUCAACUCUGUCACCCUUAAUUCUUUUUUUUUCUUCAAAAAAUCUUUCUCGUUGUGUCCGUUGUGUGUUUUCUAUUUCCAGCAGUAGGUAUCCAUUUUUCGCCUACUUUUUUCAUUUUUAUUUUCAAAGUUCCCGGUUGAAAUAUAUGGCUAGUCCACCACCACCCCUUCCUUGUAUAUAAUCAAAAAGAAGAAAUGUACAAUAACCCCAAUUUCCUACAAAUUUUCACCACACUUCCGAGCCCCCGCGUGAGAUUCUCCAAGUUUUCUACAAAAAAUUCGAAAAAAAAUACACUUUGUACGAAAAUUCAGUCAGAACAGCAAAAGACAAAUCAUUUCCCCCGUUUCUCUUGUUUGAUUUAUUCUUUGUGAGUAAUAAAUUAUGAGAUUUU